UGUUCAGCGUAAGUGCCAAGGUCCUGCUGUCAGCGCGCUGGGCCGACCUGAUUCACCAACACUGAUGACGAUCUGCUGACUGUGCAGCUGAAUUCCAGGUUUCACUUUUGACUAGCGGAAAGAAUGUCGGAAAGGGCCGAGGCUGACGUCAGCGCGGAGCCGCGCCGAGCGGGCAGGCCGCCGAGGCAGCAGCGGGGAGAGGGCGCCACAGCAAUGGCGACCGGCGCCGAGCGCGGCUCCCUUCCCAGUCCGGACAGAAUACUGGGGCAGUCCUGGAGCAGCUGGGUCGACGCUGUGAAACUCCACGGGAACGACGGUGCAGAAUCGGAAGAAAGUUUCAAAGAGUGCGGGAAAAAUCGAGAAGCCAUGCGUCUGUGCAGAGACGAUAUGCCCAUAUUUGGCCAGUGUCCUGCACAGGAUGACUUUUACCUGGUGAUGUGCAGCCACUGUAGUCAGGUAGUCAAACCCCAGGCCUUCCACGCACACUAUGAGAGAAGACACGGCUCCAUGAGCAAGCUCUCGUCCUCCACUGCUUACUCGCUCCCUGGCUUCUCCUCCCGGGGGCGGAGCGGGGGUGGGGCUGGGGGUGGGGCUGGGAGCAGGCCCCUGGGAGCCCCCUCAGCCAAAGAGAAGCUGCCUCACCGCAAGUCCCACUUCCCCUUGAAGAUGCUUCACAAUGACAUUUUGACCCCAGCCGUCCGAGUGGAGAAGAUCCAUCUGAAGGUGGAGUACCCGUCCUCCAGACAUACCCAUGUACCUGUCUCGUCCUCCUCGUCCUCCGUUACUGUGAGCUCGUCCCCUACAAAGCCAGGCCUUAAUACCCCGUCAGUACCAAAGGGUCAGCUGCUGGCACUGGGUCACAUCCCCAACGGGAAGGGCCACCCAGCCCCUCCGGAUAAGAAGCAGGACAACAGCACCAGUGUCAGCAGCAGACGACUGUACAGGAGACCGCUAGAACGCGAGUUUAAUCCUGAUGUCCAUUGUGGAGUUUUGGAUAUAGGAGCCCGUAAGCCAUGCACAAGAUCCUUAACAUGCAAGACACAUUCCUUAAGCCAGAGGAGGGCGGUACCAGGGCGGAGUUUUGAUGCGUUGCUGGCGGAGCACAAAGGCCGCGUGCGAGACAAGGAGCUGCAGCACAGGGCCGAGCCCGCCCUGCAGGCCGCACCCCUCAGGGAUCCUCCGCCCCUGUCUCGCCUCUCACAGGACGCCCACCACCACCUGCCACCCCACAGCAACAGUGUUGCCGCUGAAACUCCCAAGCCUGUCGCGCUCGGCAAACCCAAACCUCACAAUCACGGUCUUCCGCGUCUGAGCAGUGGCAGCGCCCACACUGGGCUGAUUGGGUCAGGUGACCCUGCUACGGCCCAUGACCUGACCCAGCACCCCCACACUGCCCCCACGCCCAACGGGGCGUGCCGUCUGUCCAGCGACGAGGGCGAGGCGGAGGAUAGAGAGGAUGCUGUGGACAAACUGGACUGCCACUUUUCAGGGUACCACCCGAGACCGGCUUCGUACUGCACUUUCGGCAGCCGCCAGUUCAGCAGGAGCUGUUUUGCCUUUGACCGCCGCUGGAAUCGGGUCCGAUGUGCGCUUGCGGCCAUGAUGGACAAACACGUCAACUCGUUGAUGUGGAGGAAAAUCCCUCUGGUGCCGGAAAAUUCAUUCGCGUCAGCGAUGACGUCGUCUCACCGGUCAAACUCCUCAUCCUUCUCUUCUGGCUUCCUUAGCCCCUCCCCUCCGCUGCCCUACGGCCAGUCGUACGACAGCAAGCCCGUGCUGUCAUACGGGACCACCCUGAACGCCCGGGCCACGUCCCAAAGGGUGGGAGAGCAGCUCGCCUACAGCAGUAGCAGCUCGUCCAGACAAGUGUCCUCAUCGUCACCCCAGAUGCCUUCAGUCCUCUCCUGCUCGCUGCCCUACACACAGGGCUCUGGCAAGCCCAACAAGUCCCGCCCCGGAACCAAGUCCUUCCGGGUCAGGGAGUCCUCUUCAGCCCCUCCGGCGAGCUCUGUUGCUAACAGCGGCAGCGUGGUGCGCGUGGGGGCUGUUGGCCUCGGCUCGGGAAAGAAGCGCAAAACCAGCUCUCUGCUCACGCCACACGGCACCUACAACGCCGAGCCUUCGUCUUCGUCGUCCUUCAGGAAGAACUGUGCGGUGAACUCUGGCACCUCAGGGAGCAGCUUCCCUUCCUCAAUCACCUCCACCGCUCCCUCGUCCUCCUUUUCCUCCCACGGCGCAAGCGGCACACCUGGCCGGCGGCAGGAGGCGUCGUCCCGUGGGGCGGCGCCAUCCGGCCCCGCCGAACCAAUCAAACGCAUGAGUGUUGUGAUGAACAGCAGCGAUUCGACGCUCUCGCUGGGACCGUUCGUGCACCAGGGCGGCGAUGGACCUCGUCUCGAUAACAAGAGGAGGAAGAGCUCGCCUGUCAGCACUGGCUCCGCUGGCGCAGGGACCUGUGCAGCACCUGGAGGGGGAGGCGCUCCGCCGCCUGGCAGACCCAGAAUGGCCAAGUCUCCGGCAGUCACCAACAACCUCCAUGGCAAACACACACGGCCCGGUCCAGGAGCACCAGGCCUUGCCAACAGCUCACUAAUACAUCAGCCUAAGACCCGCCCCUGACACAGGUGGGCCGGCACUGGGGGUGUGGAGCGGCCCGGAGCUCGGCGGGCCCCCAAGCGCCCGUCACGCCGCACCGCAUGAGGCCUUCUUCUCCUCCAGCUACUCCUCUUCCUCUCAGCUUCCCACAAUCCUCAGGGCGGAGGGCGCGCUGGGUGGCUCAGUGACGGUCAGCUGCUUGCUCCAGCCGCAAAGGGGUGUGGUGCGGUAGUGGUAGGCCCCACCCCUGGAGGUGGAGCGGGUGGGGGUUAUGCAGAGGUCCCGAUAAGGGCUGGUAUGAGCGGCGCACAUCGUCACAACAAAGCAUCAGAGGAACUUGAUGAUUGAUGUACGCGAAACGGAGUGUUUCUGCUGAUCUCUUCCGCAUGUGUGGGUGUGUGCGUGUGUUAAAGUGUGUGUUUGUGUGGGUCCGGGUAGAUGAUACCGGAAUACUGGAAAUGGAAUUCUGUGCAGCAUGAACUCUUAAGUGCUUGUGGACGUGUCGAGGGAAAGGAGAGAGAUCUGGAGUCUCGAUGUGAAAAACGCAGUCGUGUUUAGUUGAACAGAUUUACAGUAAACACAUUGAUUGGUGGAAUUUAAAAAAUAAACCAAUAUAGACCACUUUACUCUCCACGGAGAGACGGAAGGGUCGUCUCAGUCAAGCAUCCAAACUGAAUAAUCGAAAUUCCAAAAAUACUUGAGCAGUUUGAGUCUUAGUGAUUCUUUAGAAGGUUUUUUUUGUUUUGUUUCUGCACUUCAAGUAGCAGCUUUGGAGCAUCGAGAAUCCAUCACUGCAGCUGCACUUCUACCAGCAAAAUGGUAUUAAUUAUUGAUUUUAUCCACGUGUGAAGCGGUUCAUUUAUCCAUGCCUGGUGCUCCUCGACACAGGACCUUCUGGAGAGGUGCUCUUCCAGGUCCUUCUUUCUAGGCUGCAUUUCAUUUCAUUCAGAUUGUGUAAUCCUCCCAGUGAUGUCUCAUCCUUCUGAAAUAUGACUUGAGAAAACAGCUUUGCUAUGAAUAAGCACUGAUGGUAGUAUUUGCCUUGAAACAACAUUGUUAGUCUUACCACAUACCUUCAGCUGUCUGCGCUGCGAUGUCAAACAUCCUGUCUGUUUCUCUGAAUACACUAAAAACUUAAUUCUGAAGGUUUGGGGGAAGGUGUUCAACCCCCAGACGGGUUUGACACAUUAGAGUGAGACCCACGCCACACUAAAGUCUACACUGCACAGGUCUGAGGCUGUCAACACCUUUUAUAGUAACCUGAAGCUGCUUCCUAUAAGAGGCUUACUGCUGAUCCAGUGGUUCUUGAUGGAGGCUUUAACAGAGCGCCACACACACACACGCGCGCACACACACACACACACACA